GCAAGUUCCUGGGUGGAAGGAGGGAGGGAAUGUUUCAGAGUGGGGCGUCUGGUACUGGUUUUUAAAGGAUGAACAGUAGCUCUCUGGUCCAACUUGCCCGCCUAGGGCUGGAGAGCAGACCCACUCAAUAGCUCUCCAUCACUGACGUUCGCCUCACUCCCCAGAAUACACAAUGUUGAUGGUGCUUGUCCCUUGUCGGGGUAGAAGCUGCUCUCUGGAAGUGGGGUGGAUCCGGACCCUCUUGGGACUCAGUCUUCCCACCUGAUCAAUGGGAAACGUCCCCAGGCUGGGAGGCCAGGGAGAUCCAGGAUCCUGAGAUCGGUGGGGGUGUGAGCCAAUUCUGAGGCCCAAACUCCCUCCCUGGUGGUUUCCUCAUCUGUAGGAUGGGAAAUGACUGGCUGGCAAGUACCCAGCCCUGCCAGGCACAGUCCGCCGCUCCCUAGUGGGCCGCCAGUCAUCUGCAAGCCAGGCGGCCGGCUGCUGCUCACUGGCGGGCAGCUGGGCUGGGCACGCAGGCGGCGGCGGCCGGGAGGGCGCGCCGCCGGCAGGAGCAGGAACCCUCCAGUGCAGUGGCAUCGCGGCUCCACCCUCCACUGGCAACUUUGCGAUGGAGUUUGUGCGGGCGCUGUGGCUCGGCCUGGCGCUGGGGCUGGCGCCCGGGUCCGCCCGCGGCCACCCGCAGCCGUGUGGUGUUCUGGCCCGCCUGGGGAGCUCUGUGCGCCUGGGCGCCCUCCUGCCUCGUGCAUCCGUUGCCCGCGCCCGCGCCCGCACCGCGCUGGCCCGGGCUGCCCUGGAGCCGCCUCUGCCGCACAACCUCAGCCUGGAGCUUGUGGCCGCCGCGCCCCCUGCCCGCGACCCUGCCUCGAUGGCCCGUGUCCUGUGCCAGAAGCUGGCCUCGCCGGGCGUGGCAGCCUGGCUGGCCUUCCCCGAGUCGCGACCGGAGCUGCUGCAGCUGCACUUCCUGGCCGCUGCCACGGAGACCCCGGUGCUCAGCGUGCUGCGGCGGGAGGCGCGCGCGCCCCUCGGCGCCCCGACCCCGUUCCACCUGCAGCUGGACUGGGCCAGCCCCCUGGAGACGCUGCUGGACGUGCUGGUGUCCCUGCUGCAGGCGCACGGCUGGGAGGACGUCGGCCUGGUGCUCUGCCGUGUCCGGGAUCCCGCUGGCCUGGUGGCCCUCUGGACAAGCCGGGCUGGCUGGGCACCGAGGAUCCUGCUGGACCUGAGUCGGCCGGACGUGGGGGAUGUGGGGCUGCGCACACGCCUGGCCCCACUGGGGACACCAGGGGGAGGUGAGUCCCCAGUCCCCGUGGCCGUCCUCCUCGGCUGUGACACCACUCACGCUCCACAGGUGCUGCAGGCUGCCCCUCCUGGGCCGCGCUGGCUGCUGGGCACCCCACUGCCUGCCGAGGCCCUGCCCACGGCUGGCCUGCCACCUGGGCUGCUGGCCCUGGGCGAGGUGGCCCGACCCUCACUGGAGGCCACUAUCCACGACGCCGUGGAGCUGGUAGCCCGGGCACUGGGUAGUGCAGCCCGUGUGCAGCCAGAGCGGGCACACCUCCUGGCCAUGGCGAACUGCGAGGACCGGGAGCCAGCAGGACCAGAGUCCCCCGGGCGCUUCUUGGCUCAGUUCCUGGCCAACACGUCCUUCCAGGGCCGCACGGGGCCCGUGUGGGUGACCAGCACCUCGCAGGUGCACCUCUCUCGCAGCUUCAAGGUGUGGAGCCUUCUCCGGGACCCACUGGGCGCCCCAGCCUGGGCCACGGUGGGCAGCUGGCGGGACGGGCAGCUGGAUUUGGAGCCAGGGGGCACUGCUUCCCAGCUCCCACCCCCAACAGGUGCCAGGGCCCGACCCAAAUUGCGUGUGGUGACACUGGUGGAGCACCCGUUUGUGUUUGCCCGUGAGCCGGACGAGGACGGGCAGUGCCCGGCAGGGCAGCUGUGCCUGGACCCUGGCACCAAUGACUCGGCUAUGCUGGACGCUCUGUUUGCAGCGCUAGCCAAUGGCUCAGUGCCCCACACCCUGCGCAAAUGCUGCUACGGCUACUGCAUUGACCUCCUGGAGCGGCUGGCUGAGGACGCGCCCUUCGACUUUGAGCUGUACAUCGUGGGCGAUGGCAAAUACGGCGCCCUGCGGGAGGGCCGCUGGACCGGCCUGGUGGGUGACCUGCUGGCUGGCAGGGCCCACAUGGCGGUCACCAGCUUCAGCAUCAACUCGGCACGCUCGCAGGUCAUGGACUUCACCAGCCCUUUCUUCUCUACCAGCCUGGGCAUCCUGGUGCGGGCGCGGGACACGGCCUCACCCAUCGGUGCCUUCAUGUGGCCGCUGCACUGGUCCAUGUGGCUGGGGGUCUUCGCGGCUCUGCACCUCACGGCGCUCUUCCUCACCCUGUACGAGUGGCGCAGCCCCUACGGGCUCACGCCCCGCGGGCGCAACCGGGGCACGGUGUUCUCCUACUCCUCCGCCCUCAACCUGUGCUAUGCCAUCCUUUUCGGACGCACUGUCUCCAGCAAGACCCCCAAGUGCCCCACGGGGCGCUUCCUCAUGAACCUCUGGGCCAUCUUCUGCCUGCUGGUGCUGUCCAGCUACACGGCCAACCUGGCCGCGGUCAUGGUCGGAGACAAGACCUUCGAGGAGCUGUCAGGGAUUCACGACCCCAAGCUGCACCACCCGUCGCAGGGCUUCCGCUUCGGCACCGUGCGGGAGAGCAGCGCUGAGGCCUACAUCAAGGCCAGCUUCCCCGAGAUGCACGCGCACAUGCGGCGCCACAGCGCGCCCACCACGCCCGACGGCGUCGCCAUGCUCACGAGCGACCCCCCCAAGCUCAACGCCUUCAUCAUGGACAAGUCGCUCCUGGACUAUGAGGUCUCCAUCGACGCCGACUGCAAAUUGCUGACCGUGGGCAAGCCUUUCGCCAUCGAGGGCUACGGCAUCGGCCUGCCCCAGAACUCCCCGCUCACCUCCAACCUGUCCGAGUUCAUCAGCCGCUACAAGUCCUCGGGGUUCAUCGACCUGCUCCACGACAAGUGGUACAAGAUGGUGCCUUGCGGGAAGCGGGUUUUCGCGGUUACUGAGACCCUCCAGAUGGGCAUCUACCACUUCUCGGGUCUCUUCGUGCUGCUCUGCCUGGGCCUGGGCAGCGCCCUGCUCAGCUCGCUGUGCGAGCACGUCUUCUUCCGCCUGGUGCUGCCGCGCAUCCGCAGGGGCAGCAGGCUGCAGUACUGGCUGCACACCAGCCAGAAAAUUCACCGGGCUCUCAACACAGACCGGCCGGAAGGGCAGAGGGAGAGGCUGGAGCCAGAGCCCAGUGGCUCGGAGCAGCAGCAGGAGCAGCAGGACACCUCAGCUUACCCCGAGGGUCCAGGGCGCUGGAAACGAGUGCGCCGGGCUGUGGGCAAGGAGCGUAGGGUGCGCUUCCUGCUGGAGCCAGGGAUGGCAGGCGCCCAGGGAGGGGCGGAGGCGGAGCCUGGGACCCCUGAAAGCCCAGUCUGGAUUUGUUCCAACGGGCCACCGCCCACUGCCGCGCCAGCGACCUCACCGAGUGGCGAGCUGGAAGAGCUGGAGCGGCACAUAGAGGCCGUCCGCGAAAGGCUCCGAAGAGCUCUGAUGCAGCGUGGGGAGCUCCUAGUUCGACUUGGGGACGGCGCUCGCCACCGGCCACUGCGCCUGCUCCAAGCCCAAGCCGCACCUGAGGACGCCCCGUGAUCCAAUGCUGGAUAAGAUCCAGCUGCAGACCCCUCCCCCGCGCACAUGCGAGUGCAGACCAUACCCUGUUCACGGAGUUUAUUCUAUAUACAAACACAAUUUUGUACACUGCAAUUAAAUAGAAUGGAAUGAG